AUGCCUAUGAGCAGUUGUGGAUUUCCAAACUUUCAAGCCCAAAAUUAGCUUUGUUUAAUAUAGUCUUGGGGACAUCUCCAGAAGUCAGGGCCACAUACACUGUUCAGCUGAGAUAUUAAGAUGAGCACAGAUACAGUGGAGCAGUCAGAGGCUCCAGCUCAACCGACAGAACAAAAUGGAAUUGACUUCAACAGACAAAUCAAAACAGAAGAUAUCGAUUCACCACAUUCAUCAUCCACACUGAAGACAUGUCACCUAACUCAGGGCUCUCCAGUCUCUGGAGGACAGUUGACCGGGGAGCUGCCCUCUCUCCACACCAUGCAGCAGUUGGUUCUGAUGCCUCCUUCUCACCUGGCGUCUCCAUCCUCCUUCCUGCUGUCCCAAAGCACCAGCAGUCACCAAGCUCUUCUGCAGCAGAAUCUGUUGUCCCUUCCUAACCAAAGUCAAUCUGGUCUCCUUCAGCACCAACCUGCACUGGCUCUGACACCUCAGACUAUGAGUCGUUCUGGUCUGGCAGGACCUUCCAUAGAGAACCAUAUGGACAUGUCCCAUCUGCAGAUGCCCAAACACAUGGCAAUCCCAGCACAGGAAGAGCCCAGUGAUCUGGAAGAACUGGAGCAGUUCGCUAAAGCGUUCAAACAGAGAAGAAUCAAGCUUGGCUUCACUCAAGGAGAUGUAGGCCUUGCGAUGGGAAAAUUGUAUGGCAAUGAUUUCAGCCAGACAACCAUCUCCCGUUUUGAGGCACUCAACCUGAGCUUUAAAAACAUGUGCAAGCUCAAACCUCUGCUGGAGAAGUGGCUUAGUGAUGCAGAAAACUCACCAUCUGAUUCCAUGAAUAAUCCUGCUUCCCUGGCUCCGCUGAUAGAGGGCUAUGGACGGAAGCGAAAAAAAAGAACAAGCAUAGAAACAAACAUCAAGCUGACCCUGGAGAAACGAUUCCUUGAUAAUCCUAAACCAAACUCUGAGGAGAUAACACUAAUCUCAGAACAGCUGUCCAUGGAGAAAGAGGUGGUCCGAGUUUGGUUUUGUAACCGACGACAGAAAGAAAAAAGGAUAUUCUGUCCAGUGGCGAACCUGCCCGUCAAGCACAGCUACAACUCCAGAAUGGCAUCAACAUCCAGGUCCUACAGCCCUCUGGCUUCAGGUGGAGUUUCAUCCAGCUCCUCUCCAAACAGUGCAAGUCGUGGAGCUUCUCCCAACAAUCUCUCUUCAGCCUCAUCUUCUUUAACAACUCAAGUCAACACGGCUUCCUAUGGCACACCAGGGUCCUGGUUCCGUUGGAAUGCAGCUGCAUAUCAUCACUGAGAAAAGUUAACUAUUUUAUGAAGUUUUUAUUGUUCAUGAACAUGGUUGUUCAGGUUAUUCACAUUUUUUGUGAAAGGAUAGUUAAUUGUAAACAUGUUUAUAAUGUAAUUUUACUUUUUGUAUGAAAACGGAGAGAAAAAUUUGGAGUGGUCAUUAUGUAUAGGGUUUUAUGCUAUUAUUUUACAAAAUGAGUGUGUCACCCCAGAUGUAGAUAGUAUGGUGUCAUGAUCGAUCAUAAUGAUUAAAGGUGCGGGAGACUUUCGUCACCUAUUUUUCAUCAAAUCUGUAAAACCCCAGUCAUAGCCUAAGUAUCACGAGUCCAUAAGUCUUUCCGUGAU